AUGAACCGGACGGUCCGGACCACCCUCCUCCCGGCCCUGCUCUCCCUGCUGCUGGCCCUCGCCGCGGCCCAGCCCGGCCCGAACAACAACGAACAGUACCAGUAUGCGCGCUUCAGCCCGUCGAUGGCCAUAAUCAUCGUGGUCCUCAUCGCCGCCCUCUUCUUCAUGGGCUUCUUCUCCAUCUACGUCCGCCACUGCUCCGACAGCUCAUCCUCCGGCGGCCCCGCCGGCAGCAUCCGCCGCGCCCUCUCCCGCCGCGCCGCCGCCGCCCGCGGCCUCGACCCCUCCGUCCUCGAGACCUUCCCCACCUUCACCUACGCCGAGGUCCGCCACCACAAGGCCGGCAAGGACGCCCUCGAGUGCGCCGUCUGCCUCAACGAGUUUCAGCCGGAGGAAAACCUCCGCCUCAUCCCCAAAUGCGACCACGUCUUUCACCCGGAAUGUAUCGACGCCUGGCUCAACUCCCACGUGGACGACGAGCCCGACCGGCCCGGCCGGAGCUCGAGCAUCGCAAGGGCAAAAUCGGUAUUUGGUUUUGGGAAGUUCCGGUCGCAUUCGACGGGACACUCGUUGCCGGCGGCGGUGGUCCAGCCGGGGGAGAAUCUUGAGCGGUUCACACUGAGGCUGCCGGAGGAGGUGAGGAGGGAGGUGAUGGACCGGGCCGGUCUGAACCGGACCGGGAGCUGCGCGGUUCCCGGCCUGCCACGUGGAGGGAGAUCGUACAGGAGGAUCGAGCGGGAAGGAAAGUCCGACCGGUGGCUGUUCUUCUCGAGGGGGAUGUCGAUGAAGUUGCCCAAGGUGGUGGCGGAAUCCGGCGAGGGAAGUAGCGGCGGAGGAGGAAACCGGGCGCCGGUGAAGAUGCCGUCCUUCAGGUGCCUGGAGCCAAAGGCGGCCGACGAGGCUGGCCUGUUUGCGGCUGAAGCGGACGCGAGGUCCCCGGUUUAA